AUGACAGACACUACCGUAAAAACGGCAGCGAAAAUGACAGCAACAAAAACUACCAUGAGUAGCACGACUAUUUAUAGAAUCACUACCACAAAAGCCACCGUGAAGUUAUCAAUCUAUGGGCCAUCAACGACAGCGACAAUAACCACAAAGACAACUGUAGUGAGUACCGGCACUAACACUAACACUGAACCCGCUACCACAACCACCACACGCGCAACAAAUACGUAUCUCCCAGUCAUGAGUUUCGGCAGCAGUCCUUCUCCAUCGCAACCGCCUACUCUGAGCAUAAGCUCUCUGGAUAAAAGAGGCAGCGCAUCGAUAUACGUUACCGGGUCAAUUAGUGCCUUUGUCAAUGUUAUUGGAUGCUCUGCUAUUCUAAUCAUGACUUAUCAUAAAUCGGAAGGUCGUCUUCUCUCAUCGACCCAGAGAUAUCCUACAUAUAUGGCAGUGUUGGAUGCGCUCACAGGCCUAGUCUGUCUGCCUAAUCUAUUAUACCCGAUGACGAAUGACAGGCUGAUUCCUUCCGGCGCUUGCGUCGCGAUAGGGUUUGUCACGUCGUUGCUAAUCAUUAUUAAUAUGCUCUUGAUGGCCGUCGUGGCUGUCAUUGUCUUUCAUCGAGUGUGCAAAGGAACUCUCAUCACAUUCGGUGCGUGGGAUUGGAAAUUGUUUCUCAAGCUAUUGGUUCCGAGUCUAUUGAUUGGAUUCAUCGCAUUGGGCCUUGGUGGCUUUGGACCUGAUGUAUUUUGGUGCUUCAUUUUUCGUGCUGCUCCAGGCAGUCGCUGGAUUCUAAUAUCAACCAUAAUAAUCGCCUACGUCGUGACAGGAAUCACGACGGCUUCUUAUCUAUUGGUAAUUAGACGAAUUCACCGCUUAGAACCAAUGCUCACCACGACUGCCUUUGCUGAUGCGUUGAGACGUCAACGCACUUCGAGCACUCUGAACGGCAACCAAACGCCUAGCGGACCGUUUAGACGUACAUAUGAAAGAGUCUCAGCGGUGUUUGCUCCAACGCUUUCAUCGAGAGCGUCCUUUUACUUUUCCAAAUCGUUGGCAUCACAAAACGGACUGGUCUAUCCGACGUCGCCGAGAUUUGAAAACAAUGAUUCAUUGAACGAACCAACAUUCGAGCAAAAGAAAAUAGCGGCUACUGUUUCGCGUGCGACCAGAAAGAUGUCGUAUUACCUAUUUGUCCAGUUCAUACAAUACACGCCGGUAAUAUUAUUCUGUAUGGUGACAUUAAUACGAGAUCCGCCUGCGUGGAUUUAUGUGCUGACAAUAACGCUUCUUAAUCUGGGAGGAGUGUUGAAAGCACAUGCGUUCCUUUGUAACGAGAAAUACAAGAUAUUCCAAAAAGAUGGAGUUGACACGGAGAAAAAGGGGAUCAUUCCUCAACCAGACGUCCAGCCACCAAUAGCCGCCGCGACAGCGACCAUUAAUAAUGAUCAAUUGUUACAACUACCUACACAAGAAUCCACGCCAUCGACACCCACUCCUGAAAGGCUUUUACAGCGAUCUCUUUCAUUGCCAUCUUCAUCAGGUCAGCCUGAUACUCGAUCACCACCACAGCAGGAAACGAUCGAUAACCCUUUUGAACCCACCAACUCUUUUGAACCCAGCCCUUUCAAACCCGUACCACCAAACUUUCUCACAGACGAUGUUUGGCUAUUUAAUCGACUAGAAUCCAAUAUGGCUGAGCCUGAAGAUGGUCUGGAUUCCGAAGAACUUGACGGAUUGAUUCCUAUAGUUUUUUCACCAUCUGACGAAAGUCCAAAAGACAAUAUUCUGCAAGAUUCAAGUACCAAAAGUAGUAGUUCAAAAAUAAAAUCGCCACCAGCAGCUCGGACUCGCCGUCCAUUAGUAGAUUCAGAGAUGAUGCUACCUUUGUAUAUACGCGACGGUUCUCCUAGCAAGCAUAUGGACGUUAAUGUGACUGUUACACGACCACUUUCAUCCAUUCUUACUAAUGUAGUGUGGAAUAUAAAGAAUGACGAUGAAAAUAAUAGAGAUACGGGAGCGGGGACGGGAAUGGGUAUGGAAAGCGUAAUUAGGGAGGAAAAAAAUUAUUCUAGUGGCGAUGAAGAGGCUAUAGAUCCAUUUUUGUAUGCUGUUGAAAUUAAUGAUUAA